ACAGAGGAUGUGUCAGAAAUGUUCUCAGCAGACCAUUAAAAGCAGAAGUCAGGUUGCAGUUUCUGCUGAGCCAUGAAGAAUCAGUUCAGUGAUUUUCACAAUGGGGGCAACAUCCUGAUCAGUUCUAACCCAGUAACUGAGCUGACAAUGUACCUAUACUGGGCCCUCGCUGUCCUGCCUCUUGGCUGCAUGGCAGUGUUGCAGCUUCAACUGGACACCAGGGAGCAGGUGAGACUGCAAGGUGAGAACUAUUCCGUUGACUGCAUUGGACAGGCUGAAAGUUUGCAUCUGAUAGUGCAAUGGAUCCACCCACAACACUUUCCUGUCGUUGUUUCCUACUCCUGGAAAUACGAUAAUCUAUUCACAGUGGUAGCAACACUGCACAUCGACGGUGUGAAUGGAAGUGAUUCGGGAAAUUUCACCUGCACUGUGAAAGGGGAGAAGGAGAUACGAACUGCUGCAACAAUGCUGCGGGUUGUUGAGAAAGGUUAUGUGCAAAUAUUUACUGAUCAAGAGACUGUUCUGCAAGCAGAUGCUGGGGAUUGCCUCAAGCUCCAAGUGAGAAUUGAAGCCUACCCUGAACUAAGGGAGCAUGAGUGGAUAUAUGACACUAUGAACAAUAGUGCUGAUCACAAGUCUACAUUCCUUGCAAAACACAAUAGCUAUGAGAGUUCUCUGUUCUUGGUGCGGUUGAAGGAAAGUGAGAGCGGCACAUACACGUUCUUUGCAUCUAAUGGAGAAGCAAACUCAUCCCUGACCUUCCAUUUAUUGAUAAAUCGAAAGCCGACGGUGACCAUUAAGAAGGAACAAAUUACUGCAGGUGACAAGAAGGACGCUGCAUUUCGCUGCCUAGCCAGUGGGUUUCCUGCUCCAACCAUUCACUGGUACCAGUGUCCAGCGCACAGAGACAGGUGCACGGAAAAUGGAACCACCAACUUUGAAAAGUUGAUACCUCAAAAGAAGACGUCCAUUGUUUCUGAGACUCUGUAUGGGCGGACAGAGGUGGAGAGUGUGCUAUCAGUCCACAAGGUGAAGCCUGGUUCCCUGCUGGAAUGUUAUGCAUCCAAUAAAGCUGGAGAAAGUUCCUUUUCCAUCUCAUUCCUUGGUGACCCAGCCACAAACGGUCUGUUCACUCCCUUUCUGUCAGGUGCAGUGGCUGUAGCAGUCCUACUGCUCAUCUUCCUUCUCCUGCUGCUCUACAAGUACAAACAGAGACCAACGUAUGAGGUCCGUUGGAAGAUCAUCGAAGUGGUGCACGGAAAUGAUUAUACCUUCAUUGACCCCACCCAGCUCCCAUACAACGAGAAAUGGGAGUUCCCCAGGGAGAAACUCCGCUUGGGUAAGAUCCUGGGAGCUGGAGCAUUCGGGAAGGUGGUCGAGGCCACUGCCUAUGGACUGGGCACAGAGGACUCAGCCACCAAAGUGGCUGUAAAAAUGCUGAAACCGAGUGCCCAUUCCACUGAGAGGGAGGCCUUGAUGUCAGAGCUGAAGAUCCUGAGUCACCUGGGGCAGCACACACACGUUGUCAACCUUCUGGGAGCCUGUACUCUCGGAGGCCCAGUUCUUGUCAUCACGGAAUACUGUUGCUAUGGUGAUUUAUUGAACUUCCUGAAGAACAAGGCCCAGUACCUGACCUGGAACGAUGCACUGAAUGAUUAUAAGAACUUCAUGCACAGCAAAAAGCCACCAAGUGACUGCACAGAGGGUUACCUGCCCAUGAGACCCAGGUUGUCCAGUAUGAGCCCAAUGAUUUCUCAAACAGAUUCCUUAACUAUUGAAGAAGAUGAUGACUCGUUGCCAUUGAACGUAGAGGACCUUCUGAGCUUCUCCUACCAAGUCGCUGCAGGGAUGGAUUUCCUGUCCUCCAGAAAUUGCAUUCACCGUGACCUGGCCGCCAGAAAUGUCUUACUGACCGAGGGACGGAUCGCCAAGAUUUGCGAUUUUGGGUUGGCAAGGGACAUCAUGAAUGACUCCAACUACGUAGUCAAAGGCAACGCACGGCUCCCAGUGAAAUGGAUGGCUCCAGAGAGUAUCUUUGAUUGUGUUUACACAGUGCAGAGUGACGUCUGGUCUUACGGCAUCCUGCUCUGGGAAAUCUUCUCACUGGGUUUGAGUCCUUAUCCUGGAAUUCCUGUGAACAGUAGGUUCUACAAACUGAUAAGAAGUGGGUUCCAGAUGGACAGGCCGAGUUCUGCAACUCCAGAAUUGUAUGACAUCAUGACGAAGUGCUGGAGUCUUGAGCCCACAGAUCGGCCGACCUUUGAUCAGAUUGUGAAGCUGAUUAAUAAACAGAGGAGUGUAUUCACAGAGCAGGAUUACACCAAUCUGCCUGCAGAGUACAAGCCUCCGGAAUCUCCAACCUUCCAGUCUCCAGAUCAGCGGAACUGUGAGAUGGUUGAUGAAACUGUGUUACUGAUCAAUCCUUACAGCAAGAUCUGAAAGCUAGACCAAUACAAUCACCUGCGCGACAAAGUUAAACUGAUUAAACUGUGGUCGUCUCUCACUCUUAAAGGAGAAAUCACACAACACCAGGUUAUAGUCCAACAGGUUUAUUUGGAAGUACUAGCUUUCAGAGCACUGCUCCUUCAUCAGGUAACCAGUGGGGCAGAUUCAUAAGACACAGAAUUUAUAGCAAAAGAUCACAGUGUCGUGCAAUUCAAAUGAUAUAUUGAACAAAUCUAGAUUGCUGUUAAGUCUUUCAUCUUUUGGAAUGGGUUGCAGCUUUUGGUCCAUUAAUAUGUAAAUCCUAGAAGUUCUUUUAAGUCACAUUCUCGAGAUAACUUAAGAUUUAUAAAAAAGGUAACAUCUCAGCUCAGACAAUGUAUUAAAGGUGUGAGGUUAGACUCUGUCUGUAUCCCAAUCUUGAGUCAUAUUGGUUCUAUUUGUAAAGUAGGAAUUUUAAAAAUGUUACAUGGAUUGACUGCCUGCAGGUUGUGUGCUUUUUGAGCAAAAAUAGAAUGCAAAUAUAAUUCUGCAAAUUUAAAUUCACUCCAUAGACAUAUGUGUGUGUGCGUGCGUGCAUGAGAGAGAGUGAGAGUGUGCGCGUGUGACUGUGAGCGUGCGUGAGAGAGUAUGUGUUUGUACGUGUACGUGAGUGUGAGUCAAUACAGGCAGUCAACACCAACACCACUAUAUCUUUAAGGAGACUUCUUCAAUCAGCUGUUCCUAAGACUCAGUGCCUUUUAAUUCUAUUUAUCUCGAUGUUUUCACAAUAUUUUCUGAUUGAAUUGUUGCAGAUUUAUUUCUACAAGCAGAAGGGAUUUAUUUGAUGGGUAGUCUGUUCAAUUGAAGGAAUAAUCAGGUAGAUAUUUGAGGGAGAGAUGGUACCUUUUGAAAAUAACCUGGUGGUGUGUGUUAAUUUUUGUGUUCUCAAAAAGUGCUCUUUCAUUACUGCUGAGCAUUUUCAAAACUUGAAACAUGUAAUGGAAAAUAGCAAGGGCAUUAUUGGGCCUGGGGUCCAUGAGAUUGUAACUAAAUCCCAGGCUGACUUUACACAUUAAAAGCAUAUGUUGCAUUAAAAGCGA